ACAGUGCGCGCCUGUAUGGAUAAAUAGUGCGCAUACUAUAAACUUGAUACUUAGCUCAACUCAGUAAUGAGAAUUAUAGAGGGGACAUUAAAAUCUACCCCCUUAGAAUGGCUCCCAGUACUAAACAAUAUAGUUCCUUCUAUAAUCCAAAGAAAACAAGCUCUCAUCCGGGAAUAGACUAAGAUCAACAAUAACACGAACCUUCCGAUACACGUGGAUUUAAGAAUGUAUGGGGAAAGACUACGUCUUAGUCUCUAAGUCUCGUAAACCACAUUGGAUAACUGUAAAGAAAUUAUUACUAGAAAUUAUCGAGAGAAAUAUCAAAUGGCAUGAGGAUUGGAUAGCGGAGAACCCUAAUGGACAAACCACUGUUACCAAUCCAACAUCCAAACAACCGGUCUUCGAUCUGCCUAUACAAAUUUGGAUGACUCUAAAUCGCUUUCGGACCGGCCAUGGAAGGUACAAUCACAUGAUGUACAAAUGGAAACUACAUACUACUCCUUCCUGUGACUGUAGCGAUACGCAAACAAUCUCCCAAAUAGCAACCGAAUGCCCGUUUCGCGCAUUCAAAGGCACUCUAAAUGAUAUCCAUACGGCUAACAGGGGUGUAGUUGAUUGGAUACAAAAUCUGGACAUUAAUUUAUAA